AUGCGCUACUGGGCCAAGAAUUUAUAUUUUUACUUUAAACCUAAACACAACCUUUCACCGUCUGCGGCUGGAGGCGGCGCUGGCGGCGCUGCAGGAGCAGCUGGGAAAAAGGCCCGUCUAAGACGCCAGGAUGUCGGCCUAAAACCCCACCUGGAGCAGCCGGACGUGUGCAGACCCUGCGGCGAGGCGGCCGACAGUGACAGCCGGCCCAGCUCAGGCUUCUACGAGCUGAGUGAUGGUGGUUCCUGCUCCCUGUCGGCCUCCCGCACGUCCGUGAGCAGUGACCGCGUGUACUCCUUGGGCACUUUGCUGCCAGCUGACCCCACGGCCAGGCCCCGGUCAGCCGACGACACCACCGUGCAUGGAGCCCCCCUGCCCACCUGUAGACCGCAGGCCACCGAGGAGGGCGAGUGCCGGCCCAGGCCUGUGUCUACAGGUGAUCUCGAAAGAGUCCUGCCGUCUGCGGUGGUGCCCCAGAAAGCCAGCACAGACCCCACAUCCGCGACCCUCCUCUGCCACGGGAUGGGGCUGCCAGCCCACGGGCCGGACCCCAAGUACCGGCGUGACCUGGUGUCCACGGGGGGCAGGGAGGUGUACCCGUACCCCAGCCCCCUGCACGCUGUAGCUCUGCAGAGCCCGCUCUUCGCUCUGCCCAGGGACGCCCUGCACGCCGACUCCCAGCCGCUCCCUAGGAAGCCCCCUCCCGGCCCCACAGGCCCGUCGAUCCCGACAAGACCUGUCCUUGAGGCCAGCCCCGCUGCAGCCUAUAUAGACAGGCUACUGAGGCUGCGGGCCCGAGGGACCCCCGCGAGGAGCAGUGUGGGUGAGCAGGGGCCCCCAUCCCCGCAGGCACUUGGUGGCCAGAGAGCAGACGGUCCAGACGGCCUAGAGAAGCUGGUGUGCACCCCCGGGAGAGCAGGAGCGGGCAGGCUGGCCCAGAGAGGGGACGCCAGCAGGGACCGCCUCGAGCAGCAGGGUGUGGGCACCCCGCGUCCCAGCAGCCUUCCAAAGGGGGGACCCAAGCCCUCCAGUGGCUGCGCCCGUGGGGACACCGUGCUGGGCUCCCCUCUGCCGAGGUGUGGGCGUGCCCAGGUGGCCGCCAGCAGUCAGGAGAGGACAGUCCUGUCGCCUGCCAGGAAGGCAGGAGGAGAGAACCCCGCUCUGACCCCCGAGGGGUGUGGCCGCCCCCCAUUUGCUGUCAGCGGAGCUGCUCUCCUGGGGCUAAAAGCGGGCGCCCCCAGGACAAAGGCUGUGAAGAUCAGGAGAGGGGCCAGUGACAAGGUCCUGAGGUUUGGGGGGCAACCGCCAGCGGGAGGUGCCCUCGCCACCCCCCAGCUGCCUCCCGAGUGGGGGGCCGGUCUCAGGAGGAGGCCCACGCCGGCCGGGGUGGCGCCCAGCCGGUCCUGCUCUGAGCCCAGACUCUACCCCGUGCCCUUCCUGGUGCCCCUGCUGGUGGCCCGACGGGAGGCCCGCGGGGGCCCCGCGCUGGCCUUGUUCCCCUCAGAAGCGGCUGCUGUGGCGGCCGGGGGAGAGGCACAGGAACAGCGCCGGUGGCUGUCCUCCGUGGAGGUCUCGGGCGGCCUGGGGCCCCACAGGCCGGCAGUGAGCAGAGGGGGCGGGCAGCGGCCCGUGUGCGUCCGGGCUAGGCCCAGGCUGCCCCCCCGGGCCCCCUGCGCCAGGAGCGAGUCAGAGGGCUCCGAGCACUCUGCCGAGGGUGCCUCCCUGCCUCCGUCCGCUGCCACCGAGACCAGCGAGGACGACAGGGCCAGCGACCACACUGCCAGCUGCUUUGGGGACAAGGAGUCCAGCAGCAGUGACUCAGAAGGCGGGGCCUGGCCUGGGGCGCGUCCCCCACAGCUCCCGCGGGCCCCAGCCGCCCGCAGGCCGCCCCUGCCUCCCGUGCCCAAAGUGUGCCGGAUCAAGGCCUCCAAGGCCCUGAAGAGAAAGAUCCGGAGGUUCCAGCCGGCGGCACUGAGGGUCAUGACCAUGGUGUGAGGCCCGCAGGAGACGGCCCGGGGCGUCCCCGCCCGCGCCAGGGAAGCUGUCCUGAGGAACCGCGAUGACAGCACGCGACCAGCCCCAACAGGUGGACGGCCGACCAGAACUUGGGAAAAACCAUAAGAAGACUAGCCAAAGCGUCUGUGGGUUUGUGGACGUUCAUGUAACAGGCAGCUAGUUUCAGGAUGUGGUUUAGAGAUAAACAUUUUAAAAAGCAA